GUGUGUUCGUAUUCCCUUUUCACAUCAACAUUUCUCCAUUCUUAAAUUCUAUUUCUUUUUUCGAUUCAAAUUCCAAUCCCUAAAUCUUUCGUGCUUUCAACAAUGGUGGCCAUUUCCAAACCCCCCAUUGAAUUGUUCUUCAGCAAACCCUCCAAACCCACCAAUCACAACCCAUUGAGCUUCCCAACCAUUCCUCUCAUUGAUCUCUCCAAGUCCGAUUCAAAACACCUUCUUGUCAAAGCCUGUCAAGAAUUUGGAUUCUUCAAGGUCGUCAACCAUGGCGUCCCCAUGCAAUUCAUCAACAAACUCGAAUCCGAAGCCACCAAAUUCUUCUCUUCCCCUCUUUCUCUGAAGCAAAAAGCAGGUCCACCGAAUCCCUUUGGGUAUGGAAACAGACGUCUUGGUCAAAAUGGUGAUUUUGGUUGGGUUGAAUACCUGCUUCUGAACGCCAAACUUGAUUCUGAUCACAAGAACCCACCAUUCUCUGUUUUUGAAGAGAAUCCAGAAGAUUUCCAGUGUGUUGUGAAUGAUUAUGUGACAGCAGUGAAGAAGAUGACUUGUGAGAUUCUUGAAUUAUUGGCAGAUGAGAUGGAAUUGAAGCCAAGAAAUGUGUUGAGUAAGCUGUUGAUGGAUGAACAGAGUGACUCUGUUUUCAGGGUGAAUUACUACCCACCAUGCCCAGAGCUUCAAGAACCGGAAACGAAAGGGAAGAAAUUGAUUGGAUUCGGAGAACAUACCGACCCACAAAUCAUAUCGGUUUUGAGAUCGAACAACACUUCUGGUCUCGAGAUUUCACUCAAAGACGGAAGUUGGAUGUCUGUUCCUCCCGAUUCAUCCUCCUUCUUCAUCAAUGUCGGUGAUUCUUUACAGGUGAUGACAAAUGGAAGAUUCAAGAGUGUGAAGCAUAGAGUGGUGGCAAAUAGCUCAAAAAGCAGGUUGUCAAUGAUUUAUUUUGGAGGGCCACCUUUGAGUGAAAAGAUAGCGCCAUUGGAUUCACUCAUGGUGGGGGAGGAGGCCAGCUUGUAUAAAGAGUUCACUUGGUACGAAUACAGAAAGUCCGCGUUUAACUCAAGACUCUCCGAUAACAGGCUCAGUCUCUUCGAGAAAAUCGCAACGUCCUGAGUUGUGGAUUCCGUAGCAAGUGUUUUCCAGUAGACAGAUGAAGAAAGUUUCACAUACAUGGACGGACGUGUUUUUCUAGAUCAUUUGUGAAAAACAAAUAGGUUCUGGCUUAAUGAAAUUACCAUUUUGCCCCUACUCGUGUGUUAGUCCACGUGAAAAUGUGUUGAUAUCUCACUGAUAGUUAAAAGGGUAGGGAUAUGAAUAGGUUUUUUU